UAGAAUUAGGGUCUAGCAUUUGACAACUCAACUCGAAAUUCAAUCUAAUCCAUAAUCAAUCCGAAGUGUCUUGACCAACUCGAGCACGACCCACCCAACCCAACUCGGUUGGGAUGUGAUGUGGGACGUUUUCGGGGCCCGUUCUGUGGAGCAGAUGUGAAUUCGAAUUUUGGAUCAUCAGGUUUAGACUUUAGAGCACUUCACUUCUCACUAAAAUCGGCCAGCCCAAUUGCCCAAGGCUUAUAAUCCCAGCUCGCCCAGGGCCCAGCCCAAACGGCCAAACCCAGCCCACAUGCAUCUCGCCUCACCAGUAAAUGAAUGAUCGAUCUUAACGGUGGAAUAAGAAUUUGCACAACCAACGUGUCAGCACGAAGAUCAUUAAAUCACAUCAAUAGAUACUGUGAGGUCGGUGUGAGGCGCGGUCCGUGUCCAUUCUGAAAGGCCACGUCUGCAUUAACGAGGAAAGGUUUUCCUUACGAUCGUAUGGCUAAAAAUCAGACUAACUGAUAUAGUUAAAUGAUUAGCGUCACUUCAUCUAAUUCAAGGUGGGGUCACAACAAUACAAUCAGGGGCUAUGAUUGCGUGAUUCAUGGUUUUAGCCCAACGGGCGUAGCAGAUUAUUUUCGCCUCUCCUCUUUCCUUCAGAGUAUAGACUAACCAACUCAUGGGGUCUAGAUUCGAGAAUAACAUGUUUAUGGUUGGAAAGAAGGCAACAGAGAGAGAAAAGAAGAAAAACUGAACAGAGAGAGAGAGAGAGAUGAACAAAAUGGCUGCUGCUCUUUGCGUCGGAUCCGACCGAGCUAUCGUUUACAGUAAACCGGUGAGGAUGGUCUGGGCUGGAGCAUUGUUGUAUCGUCGGACAGCGCAGCUGGGGAUGACUAACAACAACCGUUGCUGGGGUGUGGUCCUGCCAUCCCGGUGCACAUUAACCAGGCCCUCCAGUAUCGUCCUAGCCUCUUCCAGAGCCGACGACUCCGCUCCUUUCGAGAUGUCUGUGGAGAAUGCUCUGAAGCUGCUUGGUGUUUCCGAAGGGGCCUCCUUUGACGACAUCCUUCGCGCUAAGAAUUCUAUCCUCGCUUCCUGUAAGGACGACCAGAAGACUGUGGCCCAGGUAGAAGCUGCAUAUGAUAUGUUGCUUAUGCAGAGCUUAACACAGCGUCAGGCAGGAAAGGUUACAAAUCGUAGCAUACGCUAUGCUGAUGUCAAACCUGUAAAGGGACCAGCAAUGGAAUCAAUGCCUCAGUGGCUACAAACUACAGUUAAGAACGUGCCGAUUUCAGUUGAAACACUACCUACAGGCAGCUUAGGUGUACAAGCAGGGGUAUAUGGAGCAUUUAUGGUAUUAACAUUUGUGAACGGAGCCUCAACAUCAUCAAGUCCAUACUCUGGACCUGAUGUGCCAGGGUUCAUCUUAGCUACAAGCAUUGGAGCUUCAUUAUACUUCUUGACAAAGAAAAACAUCAACCUAGGAAAGGCAGCUGUGAUGACUAUUGGAGGCCUUGUCAUUGGUGCAGCAGUGGGAUCUGUAGUUGAGAACUGGUUGCAGGUGAAGUUUCAUCUUCUCCCUCUUCGCCUCAGUAUGAUGCAUCACCACCUUCAAAUGCUGAAUGACUGCCUUGCCGCCCUCCUCCUCUUUGCAUCCCAUGACCACUCGGGCUCGACAUGGUAUCUUCAAGCCAAAUCUAAGUUUUCUCUUCGAGAUUUGGGCUCUACGCAUUAUUUUCUUGGUAUUGAACUUCACAGAUCGUCCAAUUGUGUUCAUCUAUCUCAGAACAAGUAUAUUGAUGACCUUCUGCAUCGAGCACAACUACAUGAUGCCAAACCUCUCUCCACUCCUAUGUUUGCCUCCACUCGGCUCACAAAAUCGGAAGGGAAACCUCCCGCUGAUCCUACUUUCUUCAACAGUAUUGUUGGUGCUCUCUAGUACGUGACUAUUACUUGUCUAGAAAUUGCCUUUGUUGUGAAUAAGGUAUGUCAAUUCAUGCAAACUCCCACUACUGUCCACUGGGCUGCUGCAUAAAGGAUUCUUCAAUACCUAAAAGGAACAAUCACUUAUGGUAUGCUUCUUCAAUCAUGCCAUACAUUUUCUUUUGUUGCUUACUUUGAUGCUAAUUGGGGAAGUUGCCUCAU